AUGUCAUUCGUUACUACUGUGAGAACUGCAUUUUAUGUUAUAUUACGUUUUUUGACUCAUAUAGUAUUUAAAGUCUUUUAUCGUGAUUAUGGUGUAUUUCAUUCAGAAAAUAUUCCUCCCGACGAUGGUACUCCAAUAUUAUUUAUUGCCGCCCCUCAUGGAAAUUUUUUAAUGGAUGCAAUUACAAUUUUUAUAAAGUGUCCAAGAUAUGUGUACUUUUUAAGCGCACGAUCCAACUUCGAUUAUCCUAUUUUCGGUACACUUAUGACCCUGAUUGGGUGCAUACCAGUUACGAGGCCAUUUGAUGUUAAAAGAGUUGAUGGAGUUGGCUUAGUAAGGGUUAUCGAAGAAGGAAAAGUAGUAAUAGGUGAUGAUCUUGGUAAUGCACUUAAAGUUGGUGAUACAUUAUAUGUAGAAUUUGAACAACCUGACCAUGAAAUGUUGAAAGAAGCAAGUGGUGUUAUUGAAGAAAUUAUCAGUAAUGAUAAAGUACGCAUAAAAGAUCCAGGAAUGAAGUGGUCCACUAAAGGAAAACGUAAAGGACAAUUAAAACGUUUAGUAGAGUAUGGUAGUUUUGUUAUUCGUGUUGAUCGUGAGAGUACUUUAACUAAUUUGGAAAGAUUUUUACCAAAAAAUGUGACAAGAACUAUUGAUAGAUUGUCUUCUUCUCCUGGAGUGUUGACUUCUCCUGUUUCUGAUGAGCAGCCUCAUGAUAUUGUUAUUCAUUCAUCAAAUCAGGAAGUAACUGAGCAUACUCCUUUAAUUCCUGAAAGUUCUUCAAGUAGUCGAAGGAGUUCAAACAUUUAUACUGUUCCGGACAUUCCAACAACUUAUUCUUAUACUC